AUGACUCGCUCAAUAGACUCGGCCAUCAUAGACAACCUACGUGCUUCAGCAUCUCAAGGCCAACAUGCCCAUGUCAUUCAGGAGACCUUCGCCAUUGGCAACGAAUUACAGAAUCUUCAACUCCAUCUACUCGACAUGCGAGCACGAUCGUAUGUUGCUUGUGCCCAAUUCGUCAAAGCCUUGGAGACGACAAGAGCAAUGCAACUGAUGAAUCCAGCGUCAGCACUCGGUUACCUGUGUCAAGGAUACAUUCAUAUGGAGCAAGGGCGAUACAUUGCGGCUACUCAUGUGUAUGAAAAAGCAUUGGCGUGUGUGGACAAGGAUGAUUUAUUGUAUGAGACCAUCAUGACAUCCAAAGACAAGGCCAUUCAGCAAGGCGAAAAGCGUAGAGACUUUAUAUGCGGCUUUCCAAUGGAUAUCAGUACUCGUAUUAUCCAAGAGGUGUUUUCUGAUGACAAUUAUUAUCAGCAACGGGAAUACGUCAUGGUAUCAUGGGCUUGGUGGCAUCGUAUCAUGGCAACCAAUCAUCUUGAAUUUUCCUUGGAUGGUGCUAUAGCUUUGGACGAAACGAGUAAUAUGGUGAUCCAGUCUUUCAACUAUGUACGAGCGCUUACCUAUUACGAUGUCGACGCGACAUUGAGCCAACUUUUGGAAAAGCAUCCCUUCAAACACUUGACAACAUUGCAUGUAAAGGGUGCAAGCUCUGAAGAAACGAUGGCAGCAUUGAUGUUGAUCGGCACUCAGUUGACGAGAUUGAUAUAUGAAAAGCCCCCUUUGGGUCGCAACGACGGUUAUACAGUUCGAUUGCGAGACGUCUUGGCAACAUGUCCCAAUUUGGUUUCCUUCAAUUGCCAAUCAACAAUCGACAUUUCAGGUCUCCAGCAAACGUAUCCAAAGUUACGAACGCUCGAGAUGUACACGGUUAUUGGAAUGGUCGAUAAUCAGGUCAUGAUGACGCUGCAGCAACACCUACCUUGUUUGACGAUAUUGGACAUGGCCAUCGUAGGCAGAUCACAACCGUUGACGGUGGAUGAUUUAUGGUUACCAGCUAUACGCCAUUUGGGAUAUGGCGAUCGGCCAAGCAAGUAUCAUCAAAAGCUUACGUUUGAGGAACAUGAAGAACAAGGAUUGGUCACUCUUUCAAUCGCACCUACCAGUCAUUUAUUCGCCCUUGAUGACAUUGUACCUCUUGUCAUCCAUCAUCAUGCUACACUUCAAUUAUUGGAGCUCAGGCAUCAUUGGAAUACGAUGCGUACAGGAAAAAUGAAUGACGCCAUGCACAACUAUCGCGGCAUUGCAUUUACACGGCUAAAAAAGGUCGUCGUGGAUACGCUAUCAGAGGACACCAACAUCCAAUCAUACACCAAUUUCAUCACGUGGAUCAUUCAGCGUGCACCCUAUUUACAAGCAAUCACCCUCCACGGCAAUACAAUGACCAGACAAACAUUGAAGGCAUUGGUGAAAUGUGUUCAUCUUCGCAGCGUCGUUUUCAACAUGGAUCCAGCCCGACGUCCUGAUAACCACGAUACACUCGUGGCAGAGUUUGUAAGAGACCAUGUCAAUUAUCUGGCGGAUAAAGGUGGAUCACGUUUAGUACAUAUGAAAGUACGACUUCAUCAAGCAGAGCCUAUGCUGAUCGACGCCAUUCGAGGAUUGCAAUCUUUGGAGACACUACAAUUGGCUACAAGCGACCUCGCACCAGAACCAUUUGUUCGUUUUUUCGAAUCCCUUCGUCAAGGAUGCCACCGCUUGGAAGUUCUCCAUAUUGAGAAUGAUGGCGUGAUGCCUAACCGUGUCCUAUAUCAAGUCAGCAGCCUCAUCAAUCUAACGUAUCUUACCAUCAGCGGAAACAUGCAUGAAGCGCAAGCAGGUGUAUUGAGCUUACAACGUUGUCGUCAUUUACAGCACCUCUCGAGUAAUUACCCUAUUGAUGAGGAUAUCAAAUCCAUGAUACAAGAGACAUUGCCUGAUUGUUGUAUCGCGGCACCAUUACCACAUUAG